UGCCAAACAAUUCGUUGAAUAAAGUCCUAACGUACAGUUCGUUGAAAGCGUUCAAAAAAACAAAAAAAAACAAUCGCGGAAAAUCUCAAUUUGCGAUUGAAAUAGUUAAAUAAAUAAAUAAAAAUUUAAAAGCAUUUACCACAUCGUUUUGAAAUUCAAGUUAACAUUGGAUAUUUUUCGUAACCGAUGUCAAUUAAACUUGUGUGUCAAUGAAUAACCGGGCAGACACCAAAGCCAAGCUAUUAAACAAUCUUAGCCUUUCCAAACAUCUCUCAUCCAAGCAAGGCGGCUCACGCACCACCAAUUGCGGCAAUCGCCUAGAAUUCGCCUUACUCACGCUCUUGCAGAACGUACCUUGAAUCACACGCACCCACAUCCA